CGCAGUGUUAGUUGGUCUCACUGUGCUGUAGCAGUUUGCAGCGUUAUCCCUGGAACAUGAGCAACAUGUUUGCUUUUUUCACGGUAACACUAACCCUGUUUACUGUCGAGGUGUUUGGCCUGCCGUACAGUUAUUCUCAGUCAAGAAAACAACAUGGAUUCAAGACGGAGCCGCAGUUCACAGAGAAGUACUUCAGCCAGACUGUGGAUCACUUCAACUUUAACAGCAUGGGGAAUGGAACAUUUAAUCAGCGUUACCUGAUCACAGAUAAGUACUGGAAGAAAGGCUAUGGUCCUGUUUUCUUCUACACUGGCAAUGAGGGAGACGUCUGGGAGUUUGCACUCAACUCUGGCUUCAUCACAGAGUUGGCUGCUCAGCAGAGCGCCUUGGUCAUAUUUGCUGAACAUAGGUACUAUGGCAAAUCUCUGCCGUUCGGCAAAGACUCCUUCAGCAUCCCUCAGAUCGGCCUACUGACAGUGGAGCAAGCCCUCGCUGACUAUGCUGUCAUGAUCACUGAUCUGAAACAGCAGCUGGCAGCAACAGACUGUCCCGUCAUCGUGUUUGGUGGCAGUUAUGGUGGAAUGCUGUCAGUCUACAUGAGACUCAAGUAUCCAAAUAUUGUGGCCGGAGCUCUGGCUGCCAGCGCGCCCAUACUGUCCACUGCUGGGCUGGGAGACUCGAGGCAGUUUUUCAGAGACGUCACAGCUGAUUUUGAAAGUGUUGCCACUGAAUGCAGAGAAGCUGUGAGAGGAGCGUUCCAUCAGCUGAAAGAAAUGGCAGAACAACAAGAUUACAGUCGCAUCCAGUCAGAGUUCUCCCUGUGUAAGGCUCCAUCAUCUGCUCAGGACAUCCACCAGCUCAAUGGCCUGCUGAGGAAUGCCUUCACUUUGAUCGCCAUGCUGGAUUAUCCAUACAGCACUCACUUCAUGGGCAACAUGCCCGCUAACCCUGUCAAGGUGGCCUGUGAAACUAUGUUGAGUGGACCAGACCUGCUCACCAACCUCAGGGACACUGCAGGGAUUCUGUACAAUGCUACUGGGAUUCUGACCUGUUUUGACCUGUACAGUCUGUAUUUGGAGUGUGCUGAUCCCACUGGCUGUGGACUGGGUUUCGACAGCAUGGCCUGGGACUAUCAGGCGUGCACAGAGAUCAAUCUGUGCUAUGAGAGCAACAAUGUGACGGACAUGUUUCCUCCCAUGGCCUUCACUCAGAGAGACCGCGAGCUUUACUGCUCCAAACGCUGGGCUGUAGUUCCACGACCAGAUUGGCUUAAAACCCAGUACUGGGGCGACGCCCUCUCUACAGCCAGCAACAUUAUUUUCUCCAAUGGAGAUCUGGACCCAUGGGCAAAUGGAGGGGUGCGCAAAUCCUUGAGCUCAUCGUUGAUAGCUAUCAACAUCUCUGGUGGAGCCCAUCAUCUGGAUCUGAGAGGAUCUAAUGAUGCUGAUCCAGUGUCAGUCAUCACUGCCAGGAAGACAGAGGCUGACCUCAUCGCACAGUGGGUGAAGAUGGAGCGGACCAGAUUAAGACGGACACCUUAAAGCACCAGUUCAGAGUGUGUGUCAGGACUGGAAUGAUGUUGAACUGUUAUUUUCUGUGAAAUCAUGAGGGAUAUCAAAGACCACUGUAGCAUAAUUCAGAUCAUUUCAGUCAGUGACUCCACAUUAUGAUCCAACUCCAUAUUGCAUUUUAACUGUAAUCAGUUGGUAUGUAAUAUCUCAUGUUCACUCCCUGCAGAGGAGCUGAAACUGAGUGAAUUUAAAGGGAUAGUUUGGAUUUUUUGAAGGGGGGUUGUAUGAGGUACUAAUCCAUACUCAGUGUAUUACCUACAGCAGAUGGUGGUCAGGGCGCCCCGACGUUUGGAGAAGCAGACAGGAGUCCUGACACAGAAGCUCAGCAAUGUACUGCUGUGGACAGGGGUUGGCAGCAAAAUGUAUUUUAGCCACCUAAUAAAAGUCUACAUUAGUCUAAGUGGACACUUAAUUGACAAUAUUUUUGCAGCUUAAUUGGCUAUCAGAGAGCCCUUUCCUUUGGCACUACGUUUUUUCAACUAGAAUUUAUGUAUGGUGAAAUACAAACAAAACGAGCAUCAUAUGGACUGUAUUAAUAAUAAAUACUCCACAAUAAUACUAAUAACUAACACCAAUUCAUCAGUCAAUGAGAAUGUGUGUGUGUGUGUGUGUGUGUGUGUGUGUGAGGGGGCAUAAGCACAUACAGUGAGCAGCAGCAGCCCACCGUCUGACAUUGCACGCCAUGAGGACGGAAACAGAGGGCUGGGCAGGGAUGGAGCACCUGCUGCAGCAAGGGAACACAUUGUCUGUGGUCAUUUUGACUUGACCAGAGGACUUCACUACAAGCUGGUUGGUUGUAGAAACUGGUGACGUGCGGAACUUACGUUCUAAACCCAGCCGCCGGUGAUUUGAUCAGCUGAGUUGCAGGUGACAUCAUCAUCUGACAUAAGUCAAGCUCAGACCAGCAAGUUCACACUGCUGCAACUUUUCUCUGCAACAUUCUUAAACAGUUUUGUCUCAUUGCGAAUCUUUGGUCUGAUCUGGGCUCUACCCUGCUGCAGGUCAGCUGUUCGGUCCGACUUUAAGUGGUUCGUUGAAGAGACAGCAAAAAUAUGUAGAUAAAAAAUUUACUAUGACAGUAGGACAAAAUGCAGUUCAUUAUGGAGACAAAAGGAUACCUUUAUUAACAAGAGUGUAGAAAGAAGAACUUUUGCAGAGGGAGACUGAUGAGGCCUAAAGAAAGAAGUUCUACAGUUGGGAAAGGAGAGGGUGAUUGGAUGGCAAGGUACAGCUUUUUUUUUUGUUUUGUUUUUUUUUUUUUUUAAAGGUGGCUAAAAUAUGCUUUGCUGCUAACUAUCAUCCACAACAGUGCUUUGCUUAGUUUCUGCCUGCUUUUACAAAUAGGGGGCGUGCCAACUGCCAUCUACUGUAGGUAAUAAACUGACUUUGUAUAAGUACCACAUACAAGCCCACUUGAAGAGACCUGAACUCUCCCUUUAAUGUCAGUCUACAUAAUAAAUUUACUCAAUAUGAGUGUACUGUCACUGGACAGUAUUGAUUAAAGCUACUCAUGGAGAGUGGUAAAAAAAGGACAUUUUGCUUGCUUUUCAUCAGGUUUCCAAAUGCUACAAUGACAACAGCAUUACAGAGUUGCAGUUUGGCAUUUAAGAAAUAUGUGCAUAAUGAUAGCCAGUAUGUAUAUAACAGCUGAGAAGCUGAAACCAAUAAAUCUUCACCUUGACCUAACAGACUGUACGAUUGUCAGAAUGGUUGUCGCUGAAUUACAUUAAUUUACAAUGUGACAUGUCAGGUGUGGCUGAUCAUGUGAUUUAUUUGAACUCUGCUCUGUGCUCCUUGUGAGGGAUUCAGCACCUCGUUUAGAAAUUGAAAGGAGACAGUGGCUCUACUGACCUUGCUGUGUUCUGUUACUGUAUGUGUUUUUUAGGACAGCAAGAAAACCCGUAAACCAGAGAUACCACCAUGCCUUGAUCAGUGAAGACCUGCUUUGUUUUAAUGAGUCAAUGAUUGACACAAAUUUUCUGUUUCUGUUCAAUAAAAUCUUUAAUUUCUGCAUUUUUACAAAAUUAAA